GGCCGAGGUGGGGGGCUGCCGCGGCCGCCGCUGCUCUGCUGUGCCUGUCUUUCUGCCUCGCCCCCCGCCCGAACCGGCCAGCCGGGCCCGCUCCUGCUCCUCCCCGGCGAUGAGCGCUCGGGCUGCUGGCGCGGCUGGUGCAGUGACCAGAGCGGCGCGCACGGAGGCGGCGGCGGCGGCUCGUCAGGCGGAGGAGCGAACGAGCGCAGCGGCUGCAGCAGCCCGGACGCAUGGAGGGGCCGGGAGGGGCCGCCACCCCGGAGCUGAUUAAAGGGGCCCAAACGCCAGAGCGGCUGGCCCCCAUUAUUGUACCCAUACAUGGACUGGUGGAAGAGCCCCACAGCCCCCCUGCUGAGGAAGAAGGAGGGAUCCCAAUCCCCACUUCCGGGCUGCUGCAGGUUGCGGAGCGCAGGCAACCUUUGAGCAGUGUCUCCUCCCUUGAGGUGCACUUUGACCUGCUGGACCUAACUGAGCUUACAGACAUGUCUGACCAGGAGCUGGCGGAGGUCUUUGCUGACUCCGACGAUGAGAACACAGGCAAUGAAUCCCCUGCUGGUCUGCACCCCCACCCCCACCCCCGGGCCGGCUACCUGCGCUCCCCAUCCUGGACAAGGUCAAAAGGUGAGCAGGGCCGGGAGAAGAAGCACCUCAGUGACUCGGAGCUCCAGGCCAGCAAAGCAGACACUUUCCUUACUGUGGAGAAGCCGAAAGAAGAAUAAUGAGAGCCAGAAGCCAGACCAAGAUGCCAACACUCACUCUUGCACUAACCACAAAUUCCAAGCAAUUUGUGACCUUAAGAGACAUUCAUUCUGCCUCCUCCUCUGCCUCCCCCCCUCCCUCCCAGGUCAAGACAUUUGCCAGUCUUGCUGGUUGUGUUAAAAUCAUUUUGCUUAGCCCCUGGCCAUGAGUUACGUUUGCCCAUCAGGAACCUUCUUUGCAUUGCCAUCAACACCAAGCAGCAGAUGCCACGUCUAGGGGAGACGGCUGCGGCCCUGUUUCCUUUAGGCACUUUUGAACCUUCUGCUGCUACCUUCUCAACAAAGCCAGUUGUGAUGGACACACUAACAAGAGGCUACCUUGCUGGGGACAAGUAGAAAUGGGAGAGGGAGAGUGGCUUGAAGCACAGAGCAAUAGAGAAAAAGUUCCCCCUCUUCAGCCACGUGCCUUGAGCAAUGCUGGGGUGAUGGGAGGCAGCGUCUCAGCCAGGGAAAGGAACCCUGUUAUACCAAAGGAACCCGGGAGGAACUCAGAACCAUUUCUACAACACUUCCAGGAUAUGUGGUGAAGCCAAAGGUCCGGCUGCCAGGAGGAGCUGCUGGGAAAGGGUGGAACCAGCCCUCACUUCCGAAAAGCACAUUUUCUUCCCAGUGGCCUUAACUCCCAGCUGCUGCUUUGGGUUUUGGUCUUCUUAGCACACAGGCUUGGCCUGGCUCAGCAUCAGGGCAGCUGCACGCUUCUCCUCCUGCAACUUUGUGCAUUCUCAUGAGGAAGAGCUCCCUCCAUGGCCGGCAAGGGUGACAAACCACUGCUUUGAAGCCAGGCAGGAGCAGGACCGAAUUGAGCAGCUAAACCCAUCCUAUGGUACGUCCCCUUGUGAACUGGGGAGGCCUCUUUGUGCCAGUGGGAAAAGGCACGCUGCUCAGACUGCUUCUUGCACUGUUGUGCAUUAAACCAGAAGGUCUCUGCCAAGUGCUGGGCCCAACUUCUGUGUUUCCCCUAGUGGUGGCACUCUGGUGCCUGAAUGCCCUUGUAGCAGUGACAGGGAGUUAGUUCAAUCUCUGGGGUCCCCUUCAACACCGGCUCCCCCCCAAGGCUUACCCACCCUUUGUACCCUAUUGAGGUUUUUGGGCCUCAGAAACUUUGGGGGCCCACUGUCCAGUUUACCUUACCUUCCUCACCAUGGCUGGUCAGCCACUUGGUGUUGCUGCUUGGAAGACUGGGCACCUGCUGUUGGCACCCAGUUAGCUAAACCCAGAGGGUUGCAUCCCCUCCCCCCCAAAAAACAGCCCCCCUCUCCUCUCCUUCUCAGGGUGAGAAAGCCAGGGUGGGGCAGGAACAGCAGCUUCUCUCUCCCAGCCCUACACCAUUCAAAUCGUGUUGCUCCAUUCACUUUGCAAAUGUGCCGCAGUCCUUACCGUGUUUGCUAUCGAAACAUGCCUGUCAGUGACAUUGAACCGGAGGCUGAGAGGUGGCAACUUGCAGCUGAGACCAGUUAGGUGGGACCACAGGCCAGAGCUCAGCCCAGCCCUCUAAUCCAUCAAGCACACUGACUCUCCACAGCCUGAGACACCGCAGUAGCCAUGGGCGAAGGGAAUGCUGCAUUUCUUUACAGCCACCAAGAGAGGUGGUCUGGGCCUUAGUUUAAAGCCUGUUUCCUUGCCAAACAGAUCAGAGGGGGACAAAAUCUUCUCGUGCAUUCCUGGGAUGAGUCUGUAGCAAGCUGCAGCCUCCAUCUAUUACAGCAUAAUGCUGGCAUCUUAAGGCAAGAGGGAUUUGUGUCAAGACAAAUGGGAGCUGCAGAUGCCCUGGUACCCACCCUCCUUCCUCCUCUUGGGGAAUUCAAAAAUGCACAGCCCUCAGCCCUCUCCACUAUGCCUGCCAUGCCAGGAGAUAAACUUUCAAGCCCCAUUGUGGAGUGCAGAGCGUAGAUGAUGAGGCUUGUCCAGUUUCACGGCUUAACAGAUAAGCAUCUGCUGAUUGCAGCACAAACCGAUCUCGCAGCCAGUUGAAGUGGAUAUGCUGGUGUAUCAUGAUGCCCAGAUGACAUAUGAGCCACCAGGGAAUGUGUGUCUGUAUGUGCCAAGGGGGCUCAGGGAGAACAACAGCUGCCUGCUUCCCAAAUUGAUCCUUUGCUUCCACAGCCAAAUUCAGCUGUUUGCAGGGAUGCUCUCAAGUGCAUCCACACCCUUCCAGUUCACGAAACCCAGCUUGUUGUUUGUAACACAGGCACUGGAAGCCAACCCUAGAACCCCGAGUCCCUGUGCCAAUUUAAGCUGGACCUACUGGGGCUUGUGGCAGAAGAUGGACCUCACCGAAAAGCAGCCUCUUCUGGAGGACGUGAGGCUGGUUUCAUCCUUGCUAUGAUCUGAGGAACAGCCAGUUUGUUGGCCAAAGUGCAGGCAGGAAGCUGCAGCAGGGAUACCACCAGAUCAGCACAAUUACAGAGGCCCAGAGGCAAGGAGAGCAGGGGAGCCAAGGCCUGUGCUCGGCCAGGACAGACUUCGCUGGUGUGCUGCAUUUUUCUCACUUGGCACAGCGACAGCAUCAAGGCCACUUGAAGGCAAAGACAAUGAAGCUCUUCCAGGUGGCGAGUUCAUGUUUCCAUCAAGUCCAGCCCCUUCAUGCUUGGAGACUCACCUCUGGGUUGCUCACUCUUGGCAAAGCACAAUUCCCAUAGCCUUGCAUUGUGCGCAGGUGGGAGAAGACAGCCUCAAUAACCCUGACAGAUCACCCCUGGGGUCUCCGCUCAAGAGCUGCUGGAGGCUGUCCUUCACAGCAAUCAGGGUUUCUUAAAGACACAGAACCAAAUUUUCUAGGAGCAGCAGCUAGAAUGACUCACACCAUUCUCUUGCACCCUCCUUCCUCAUGCCAACAGGUCCACCCAGAGGAGCUCAAAUGGAGGGUUCUUGAUGCCAAGUUAAUGAGACACCCGCACCCUGCUCAAAGUUAAGAGAUACUAGUGAUCAUCAUCUAAUAAUGUGCCAUUCCUGGGUAGUACACAGGCCAGGAAGCUCCUAUGCUCAGCCUGUAGUUACCGACAAGCCAGUUACUCAGCUGGGAGCUCCUUGGCACAUGCAACAGAGGACCCGGGCACAGAGGACCAACCAGAACUUUUCUGCAGGCACACAAUGAAUAGGGGUCAGGAGGUGGUGCUUCCAGAUACUUCUUGCCUCUCAUUGGGCAAGGUGUAAGAGCUGGCAAAACUGAGUCUCAGUUGCUCUGGCAGAGGCAGCGUGGCAGAACUACAACUUUUGCAGGAGCCAAUCAGAAGUGUGCUGGAUAUCACCUAACGAUGACCCAAAGUGUUCUUUGCUGUUCUUGGGGCUGGGCCACAGCAUUGACUCUGUCACACAAUCCACUUGCUGGUGUCAUGAGCAGGAAAACUGCCCUAUGAACCUUGCAGACCCAGUCUGAUCUUGAUGAUGCCCUGCACACCACCAUCUUGUCAUUCACCAAAUAGACGUGUGU